AAAGAGUCAACAGCAAUAAACGCCGGUCAGGACGAGAAAAGUCGUCAAGAUGACAAUGAAACAACAACAACAACAACAGCAACAACGGCAAGUUUCAUUACCAGCGAAACUGAUAAAUUAUUGAUUUUAGAUGGUUUGAGGGAUCCAGGCAAUAUUGGUUCUUUGGUCCGCACAGCUAUGGGAUUAGGUUGGGAUAAAGGAUUUACUACGACAGGCACUUGUGAUUUAUAUAACGAUAAAGCGGUGCGUGCUUCACGAGCAUUAACCAUUUUAUGGCAAUUCAAGGUCAUACCACGACGGGAACUGUUAAAGGUUUUGGUUGAAAACGGAUUUACACCCAUUGCAGCUGAUAUGUUGCCUAGGAACUCCACAAAACUAAACACAACUACUUUACAUUCCUUGGAAGACAUUUGCUCUCUUUGUCAGCAACAACAGUCACUAGAAAAUGCUGCUCAGAUCAGCGAGAAAAGUAACAGUGGAGCGGAAGGAGGGUUAAUCUUUCACAAUUUCCAACAAAAUAAUACUCGGGGGGCAAGUUUAAGCCAUUUACUAGAAAAGAAAAAGAUUGCAUUGAUUCUAAGCGAUGAACAUCAUGGACUUAGUGCCAAUUCUCUGCUGGACAAUGUCAUCAAAGUAUCUAUACCCAUGGAUCCAAGGGUCGAGUCUCUUAACGUGGCAGCUGCUGGCAGCAUCAUCAUGUCGCAGUUGAGUGCCAAAUUUCCAUUUUUAUCCCUGAAAAAGAGUACCUAAAAGAAGGAGAUCUAAAAAUAGGAACUACUAUUUUCCUACCAAUCACAAAGCAUCCCCCUGCUACUAUUUUCUCAAUUGAUUUGCAGUUUAAGUAAACUCAAAGAUAAUAAUAAAUUUAGCUUUUUUUUUUUUUUUUUUUUUUU